UAUGUAUUCUUCAGUGUUCCCUCAAAGCGAGUUGGACAAGGAAACUAUAUGAUCUAUUUUACAGCAGCGUCUGCGGGGCAUCACAUUCCUACGGGUUCAGCGAGGAUAUCAUCGGAUCACCAUCAGGAAGUGUCACCAUAACAAAUAUUGGAGCCAGGAUGUUAAUUGGGAGAGGAAACGCGCGUGGAAUGGUUGUCUGGCUGAUUGCGGUGGCGCUCACGGCAGUAAAGGUGCAAGGCCAAGAUACAACUCCACCGAAUGUGACGUGCAGUGACGUCACCACCCAUCCCGUCUUUGUGAAUAGUUUCUUUGGACUAACCGAAGGUGUUUCGUACACCUACGAGGAUGCGAACCCUGAUCCUAGUGGUAUAUCUUAUAACGUAACCACAGGGACAGCGGGAGACCUCUACCCACCCGGACGAACACCCGUUACAUUAAUCGCAGUCGACCUGGAUGGUAACAACGCUACAUGUUUGUUCUAUGUAGAAAAUACACUGACCGAGCUACCAGUCAAUUGCCCCGACCUAAACCGGACCGUCCCCACCGAUGUCGGGCAACCCACAUACUCAUACACCCCUGCAAUUGGGCCUGGUGACGUCACAAAGAGUAAACCGCAAUACAGAUAUCACGGCGCCGCGGUCUCUGUCGAUUCCGUCAUUGCUGUCGGUACUGGACUGGAUGUUGGAAGUCAUGUAGCCACGAUCAUCAUCUACGAUGACGUCCUUAACAAGACGUGUUCUGGUUACAUUGUUGUACAAGACACGGAAAGGCCCAACGUGACGUGUCCGGAAAAUAUCACGGAGAGCUUAACAAAUGUCAUCGACUUUUCAGCGACAGCAAUCGACAAUGUCGGGGCUUCUCUGGUGUAUCAACCAGAUUCUAGUAGUAGGUUAGCUCCAGGUCUAACCCUGGUGACUGUAAUGGCGCAAGACCAGGCCGGACUCUCGGACACCUGUUCCUUCUCUGUUGAGAUAACAUUAACCGAAUUACCCGUGGAAUGCCCUGACGAGUCAACAAUCCAACUCGACCCAUCGCAAUCAACCUACCAGUACCAACCAUUAACCAUUGACAAUCUCACACUCAUGGAGGAGUCAUAUCAAUUCUACGGUGACGUCACAAUAGAUAUGAUGAUCAAUGGCACAUAUAACUAUACACUCUCCCUCGGGACAUACACCCUUACAAUCGUGGUCGAUGAUACCGUCUUUAGCAAAACAUGUUCAUCGUUGAUCAGAGUCAGAUUGAAGGAAGACGAUGAUGACCGGAAAUUGAAUAAAAGUCCCAUCUCAACAGUUGUCAUAGUGAUUAUCACGUUUGGUGCAGUACUCCUUGUUGUCUUUGUCGUCGGGUGUAUUGUUUACCAAGUAAAGAAAACGAACGCAAGAGGAAAGGAAACUGUCAGUCGGCCUGAAACAGAGACCAUCAACACGAAGACGACUUCAACAGUUUGAUAAAUAAGGCCUAUUAGUGUUUAUCAAUUCACGUGUCCAUAUUCAAGAUUAUUAUCACGCUUAUAAGGAGGACGACAAUGAUGACGAUGAUGACUACGAAUACGACGACUGCUACAUACUACGUGAAUGAAAAGAUAAUUGCAAAAUAAAAGUGGCAGGAAAAUUUAA